ACUUCCGGGAAGGGAACCGGUGGGGGAGAGGAGAGCUUGUUGCUGCUUCUUCCGCCCGGAUUGCGGCGGACUAAAGCCUUGGGAUCGCGCCAUGGCGGUCCCAAUGGAGGCGCAGUUGCAGAGUAUCUUCGAGGAGGUGGUGAAAACAGAAGUCAUCGAGGAAGCUUUUCCUGGCAUGUUUAUGGAUACCCCAGAAGAUGAGCGAACUAAAUUAAUUAGCUGUUUGAGUGCCUUUCGACAGUUCUGGAGCAAUCUUUCCCAGGAAUCUCAUGAACAGUGUGUUCAAUGGAUUGUAAGGUUCAUACAUAGUCAACAUAGUCCUAAAAGAAUUUCUUUUCUAUAUGAUUGUUUAGCAAUGGCUGUGGAGACUGGGUUACUGCCACCCAGAAUGGUUUGUGAAUCUCUGCUGAAUUCUGACAAUCUAGAAUGGGAAAGGACACAGCUUUGGUCUCUGACAUUUAAACUUGUUCAAAAAAUAAUUGGUGGUGUAGACUACAAGGGUGUACGAGACCUUUUGAAGGGUAUCCUGGAGAAGAUCCUAACUAUUCCUAACACUGUGAGCUCUGCUGUUGUGCAGCAGCUAUUAGCAGCAAGAGAGGUUGUUGCAUAUAUUUUGGAAAGGAAUGCAUGCUUAUUGCCUGCUUACUUUGCCGUCACAGAAAUCCGAAAGUUGUAUCCUGAAGGAAAACUUCCUCACUGGUUGUUAGGUAACCUUGUAUCAGAUUUUGUGGAUUCCUUCAGGCCUACAGCAAGAAUAAAUUCCAUCUGUGGACGAUGUAGUCUUCUUCCUGUAGUGAACAAUUCUGGUGCUAUUUGCAAUUCAUGGAAACUGGACCCGACAACACUUCGUUUUCCACUGAAAGGCCUUUUGCCCUAUGAUAAGGAUCUGUUUGAGCCUCAGACUGCCUUGUUGCGGUAUGUGUUGGAGCAGCCCUAUUCCCGAGAUAUGGUCUGCAAUAUGCUAGGCCUAAACAAGCAGACCUUGAACAUUGCUCAGCACAAACAGCGAUGUCCUGUGCUGGAGGACCAGUUGGUCGAUUUGGUGGUAUAUGCCAUGGAGCGCUCAGAGACAGAGGAGAAAUUUGAUGAUGGUGGAACCAGCCAGUUGCUGUGGCAGCAUCUCUCCAGUCAGCUUAUCUUCUUUGUACUUUUUCAGUUUGCAAGCUUCCCUCACAUGGUCCUCUCUCUGCAUCAGAAGUUGGCAGGACGAGGCCUGAUCAAAGGCAGAGACCAUUUGAUGUGGGUGUUACUACAGUUCAUCUCGGGAAGCAUUCAGAAAAAUGCAUUAGGCGAUUUUCUUCCUGUUAUGAAGCUCUUUGACCUCCUCUACCCUGAGAAGGAAUGCAUUCCUGUGCCUGAUAUCAACAAACCGCAGUCAACCCAUGCUUUUGCAAUGACCUGUAUCUGGAUACAUCUGAACAGAAAGGCUCACAGUGACAAUUCUAAACUACAGAUUCCAAUUCCUCAUUCUCUCAAGCUCCAUCACGAGUUCUUGCAACAGAGUCUAAGGAAUAAAAGUCUUCACAUGAACGACUACAAGAUUGCCUUGCUGUGCAAUGCUUAUUCCACUAAUUCAGAAUGCUUUACGUUACCCAUGGGCGUUCUGGUGGAAACCAUUUAUGGGAACGGGAACAUGAGAAUACCUCUCCCAGGAACCAACUGCAUGGCUUCAGGCUCAAUCACACCACUGCCAAUGAACCUCUUGGACUCCCUUACAGUUCAUGCCAAAAUGAGCCUUAUUCACAGCAUCGCCACCAGGGUAAUAAAACUGGCCCAUGCAAAGACUAGCUUGGCCUUAGCUCCAGCUCUUGUGGAAACAUACAGCCGUCUGCUGGUUUACAUGGAAAUAGAAUCCUUGGGCAUCAAAGGUUUUAUCAGUCAACUGCUGCCUACAGUUUUUAAGUCUCAUGCUUGGGGGAUCUUGCAUACCCUGUUGGAGAUGUUCAGCUAUCGCAUGCACCACAUACAGCCUCAUUACAGAGUCCAGCUUCUGAGUAAUCUGCAUUCUCUAGCUGCCUUUCCACAGACCAAUCAAAACCAGCUUCAUUUGUGUGUGGAAAGCACAGCACUGCGGCUGAUUACUGCCUUGGGCAGUUCUGAGGUCCAGCCACAAUUUACUCGAUUCCUUAAUGAGCCCAAAACCGUGCUUUCAGCAGAAUCGGAGGAACUGAACAGAGCACUCAUUUUGACUCUAGCAAGAGCAACACACGUCACAGAUUUUUUCACAGGUUCAGAUUCCAUUCAGGGGACUUGGUGCAAAGAUAUCCUGCAGACUAUCAUGAGCUUUACUCCCCAUAACUGGGCAACCCAUACUUUGAGUUGUUUCCCAGCUCCUCUGCAGGCAUUCUUCAAGCAGAACAAUGUGCCUCAAGAGAGCCGGUUUAACCUAAAAAAAAAUGUGGAAGAGGAAUACCGAAAGUGGAAAUCCAUGUCAAUUGAAAAUGAUAUCAUCACCCAUUUUUCUAUGCAAGGCUCCCCUCCUCUCUUCCUGUGUCUCCUCUGGAAAAUGCUCUUAGAAACCGAUCACAUUAACCAAAUUGGUUAUCGAGUACUAGAAAGAAUUGGAGCCAGAGCCCUGGUUGCUCAUGUCAGGACAUUUGCAGAUUUCCUGGUCUAUGAAUUUUCUACCUCAGCUGGGGGCCAGCAGCUCAACAAAUGUAUUGAAAUUCUUAAUGACAUGGUGUGGAAGUACAACAUUGUGACAUUGGAUCGGUUGAUACUGUGUUUGGCAAUGCGCAGUCAUGAAGGCAAUGAAGCCCAAGUGUGCUAUUUCAUUAUUCAAUUGCUCCUACUGAAACCCAAUGACUUCCGAAACAGAGUGAGUGAUUUUGUGAAGGAGAACUCUCCUGAGCAUUGGCUACAGAAUGACUGGCAUACAAAACACAUGAGCUACCACAAGAAAUACCCUGAAAAGCUGUAUUUUGAAGGGUUAGCCGAGCAAGUCAAUCCUCCUGUUCAAAUCCAACCACAGUAUUUACCAAUUUACUUUGGGAACGUUUGCCUUCGCUUCCUGCCCGUGUUUGACAUUGUGAUUCACAGAUUUCUGGAACUUUUACCAGUGUCCAAAUCCUUGGAGACUCUGCUAGAUCACUUAGGAGGCUUGUACAAAUUUCAUGAUCGGCCAGUGACCUACCUCUACAAUACCCUUCACUAUUAUGAGGGACAUCUCCGAGAGCGAACCAACCUCAAACGGAAGCUUGUCCAUGCCAUCAUUGGUUCCCUAAAGGACAACCGGCCAUUAGGAUGGUGUUUAAGUGAUACUUAUCUUAAAUGCGCUAUGAAUCCACGAGAAGAUAACCCAUGGGUCCCCGAUGAUAUGUAUUACUGCAAACUAAUUGGGAGGCUGGUGGAUACGAUGGCUGGUAAAUCAUCCAGUCCAUUCCCAAACUGUGAUUGGAGGUUCAAUGAAUUUCCUAAUCCAGCUGCCCACGCCCUCCAUGUGACCUGUGUUGAACUCAUGGCUUUGGCUGUUCCGGGGAAGGAUGUGGGCAAUGACCUUCUGAACGUUGUUUUGAAAAGUCAGCCUCUGGUGCCCAGAGAAAAUAUCACCGCCUGGAUGAAUGCAAUUGGGUUGGUUAUCACCGCCUUACCUGAGCCCUACUGGAUUGUCCUCCAUGAACGGAUUGUGAGUGUUAUCAACAGUCCUAGUUUGACUUCAGAGACCGAAUGGGUUGGGUAUCCGUUCCAACUGUUUGACUUCACGGCUUGUCACCAGUCUUACUCUGAGAUGUGCUGUAGCUACACCUUAGCAUUGGCGCAUGCUGUCUGGCACCAUUCAAGCAUUGGCCAGCUUUCCCUCAUUCCAAAAUUUCUCACUGAAGUACUGAUACCAAUAGUUAAGACUGAAUUCCAGCUCCUUUAUGUCUAUCAUCUUGUUGGCCCAUUUCUACAGAGGUUCCAGCAAGAGAGGACCAGAUGCAUGCUAGAGAUUGGAGUAGCUUUUUAUGAAAUGCUUCUGGAAGUGGAUCAAUGCAACGUGCAUCUCAGCUACAUGGAUCCCAUCUGUGAUUUUCUAUACCAUGUGAAGUAUAUGUUUACUGGAGACAGCGUGAAGGACCAAGUUGAGAAAAUUAUUUGCAAUUUAAGGCCAGCUUUGAAACUUCGUCUGCGUUUCAUACACAUCAGCAAAAUGGAGGCAGCUUCUGUUCCUCAACAGUCAAUCAGCAACAUUUCUCCAGCACCUCAGCCCAAUCAGGUCCCAGUAAAUGUUGCUUUGCCAGUGUCACAAUAGAAUAAAGGAUGGAGCUUUGGGAGUUUUAAUUUUACCCAGGAUGAAACACCACUCAGUAAUGCCUGCAGAACAAUUCCCAUUAUAUUCUUCCUGACCAUAUAUUUGCUGCCUUUUUCGUGCUCAGAAGAACUCUAAGCAAAGGGAACUCUUAAGGAUUAUGAAAAGAGCAAAUUGUUUCAAUAACAGUUCUACCCAUUUUUGCUUAUUUUUCUUAAUCACCGUUUAAUUAUUUUUAUCAUCAGUAAAUCACCAUUUGUUUUUAAUCAUAUAAAAAAAAAAAUAGGACAUUGGUUUUACAGCCAGUUUUGGAAAAAGCUAUGACAGUCAAAAACAAAGGCUAUAACUCUCAAUUGAAUUUGAUAAGGAAUAUAAUCAACUAAAAAUGAAGAAUUAUGAAUCAAGAAUAUAUGAUUGUUGGGUGUGCAUUCACUGGCAAUGCUACAGAAAGUAAGAUAAUAAAAAUAUUAGUUCAAACUGCAAGUAAUAUAUUCAGUUCAUUCAGCAGGCUACUGACUUAUGAUUGUAAUUAUGUUUAAAAUAUGUAUAUUUCUACAAGUAGUGGGUACUUACUUAAAUUUCCAGUGUUUGUAUUUAGUAUAUUUUAUUUUGGCUUUGUAUUUAUAUUUUUUGGUUGAAUUUUCUAUUUUACUGAGGUCUUAAUAUAGGGGUGCAUUUUAUAGGGAAAGUUAUGAUUUGACAGCUGUUAUUUGUAAAAUAUUGUUGAAGUUGGAUAGAAUUUGAAAAAAAGGA